AUGAGUUGGCAAAUGUCUGGGGCGUCAGACUAUCGUGAAUGUGGUGUUUGUGGUGUCAAUACCAGGGAUAAGCCUGGUGAGAACUAUGUGCCCAAUGGGAGCCGAAUCUAUACGUGUGAGGCCGACAGACAAUGGUUUUCUAAAAAUGCCAACAAAUUAACAAAAGUGUGUCCAAAUGCGGGAAUGGGUGCAAGCGAUCGGAUACAUUGUGACAUAAGGAAACAAAAAUCAAAAGAUAUCCCACAAAAAAGCGCCAGUCAUGCCAUACGUAACAUAAAUGACACGACUUAUGCCAUUGGGGUUGAAACCAAUCAGGGAUUAAAUAUUGCGGAGUCCAAUGGUUAUAGUAAUGAUAUUGAGAUGACAUCCACUCAACCACUGGUAGAGGAUAUGAAUCCAUCGCCACAACCAUCAGAUCAUAAUUGUCUGGCAGUUGAGUCCUACAAGAGGCCAGUUGUAUCUAAUUUGGCAUCCGAUAGUAGCCAUGCCUCGUAUACACUACAGGCGCUCACACCACCCGAUAGUUUAGAAAUGAAUGAAACCGACAAUUCUGGCGAUACUACUAUCGAUGAUAUGAUUUACAGUACUGUCAAUAAAAUGAGCCUGGGAUUAAUUAAACCUAAUGGCGAUCCUUUAUUAAACAAAAUGAAAAAAAUUCAAGAAAAUGAGAGCAAAAACAUGGAAAUGGUUGAGCAGAUUAAGGACCAGUUAAGUGCCCCUGGUCGCUUUGAAUACUUCCUGGAUAAGACUGGUCUGCGCGAGGAGGCGGAUAAGAUAUUGGAUUCGUACCAAAUGGGCUCACCAUGGCCAUACACUGAACAAAUUGAUAUACAAGUAAAAAAGGCAACAAUACUGCGUUCAGGCAAUUCGCGGUACUUUCAUAUGGACUCCCGGCCCAGAGGGAGGGCUAUUGUGUUUGUGACAGUCGGUGGUCUGAAGGAGGAGGUGGACAGAUGGGCGUCCAUUUUCGGACAGUUAGGCUUUGAGUACGACUCCUACCGGAACGCCACGUGCUCUCAAAUAAGGGAUGUGCUAUUGGGGGUGUCGUGUCAACGGUUUGACGCCGACGCCCUGUUUAUUAUGUUUAUCGGCGGCCUAUAUAACGGUAAACUCCGCGGGAGUGGCGACCGACCGGACAAUGAGAUGUCGGUCACAGAAAUUGUGGACAUCCUAUAUAACGGUAAACUCCGCGGGAGUGGCGACCGACCGGACAAUGAGAUGUCGGUCACAGAAAUUGUGGACAUUCACGCGGAAGGAAUGACACUAUUUGGACAGGCAUUCAGUUAUACAAUAGCGCAGUACGCUUGCAAUCUACAUCUCACUGAUUUAGUUAACCUGACACGUAAACGACUGGCGUAUGAGCAGGGUGAUAGUGACCUGCAAAUAGUAAUGGUCUCCGUAGACAUAUUGCGACAGAUAUAUUUUAAUCCUGUUAGCCCUCAGUAUCCAUUUAAGUACUGA